ACAUGUUUACAAUGAUGGGGGACAGAGGAAGAAUGAAGCUGCUCAGGAUCACCGAGACACUGUUCUCUUGGAGUCGGUGGCUCGUUUGUGCGGACUGAUGGUCCUGGACAGGGCCGGUCUCCUGCAGUGUCAGAGGACAAACAUGCAGAACAGACUAUAAGUGAUCAUAGCAGCUGAUAACAUGUUUUUUUCUGGACCUCACUGUAUGAUAACCGGUAGAAAACAGUCUUCUUCACUGACUGACUUUUAACACAGACCAACUUUAUGGAUCACUCACAGCUGCUGAAAACGUCACCCAAAGAGCCUGUAUUUGGGGCCCAGCCUUCCCACAGGAUGACAUCCUCUGCAGUCCCCUGCACCGUUUUUGUCCCCUCACCUGCCCCCCCAGCAGUCUGGCCACCUCUAGACUUUGCUCUGGGCGCUCUGGCCUGCUGUACAGCCUGUGUGUUCACCAAUCCUCUAGAGGUGGUGAAGACUCGUCUGCAGCUUCAGGGGGAGCUUCGUGCUCGGGGGUCCUACCAGAUCCACUACCGGGGAGUCCUGCAGGCGCUCUGGGUGGUGGGCCGCACAGAUGGGCUGCGAGGCCUACAGAAGGGCCUCUCGGUUGGGCUGAUCUAUCAGGGUGUGAUGAAUGGAGUCAGGCUGGGCUCUUACUCUUACUGUGAAGCUCUGGGCAUCACCUCGUUCCAUGGGGGGAGUCUGCUGUCAGGAGCCUGGGCUGGGGCUCUGGGGGCCUUCAUCGCCUCUCCCGCCUACCUGGUAAAGACUCAUCUGCAGGCUCAGACUGUCAGUGCCAUAGCAGUGGGUCACCAGCACAACCAUCUGGGGGUGUCUGAUGCCUUUGUCAGCAUCUACAGAAGAGACGGUCUCAGUGGUCUUUGGAGGGGGGUGAACGGUGCCGUGCCUCGGGUCAUGGUGGGAUCAGCUGUUCAACUGGCAACCUUUACCUCCGCUAAGCAAUGGGUGUCUCACUCUCAGGGGUUUAGUUCAAACAGGUGGCUCGCAGCUUUAAUAGCUGCCUCCAUUAGUGGAGUUGCUGUGGCCAUCACCAUGACGCCGUUUGAUGUCAUCAGCACUCGGCUCUAUAACCAGCCAGUGGAUGAGUUUCGCAGGGGGCGCCUGUAUCGAGGAUUUUUAGACUGCAUGCUGAAAGUGUGCCAAGCUGAGGGUCCGCUGGGUUUAUAUAAAGGCAUGGGCCCCGUGUUCCUGCGACUGGCCCCUCACACAGUGCUCAGCAUGCUGUUCUGGGACCUGAUGAGGCAACGGGCAGUCAAAGACUGCUAGAGCCUGCAAAAUGUGUGCCUGAAAGGGAUCCUCUGAUAGGUGAACUUGAAUUUGAGGAAAAAGAGCUGGACAUUUCUGAAAAUCUUUUUUUUUUUUUUUUUUUUACUUGAUGAUGAUUAAAUAUGAGCAGUGGUACUAUUUUUUUUUUUUUUUUAUAUAUGUGUGUGAUAUAGAGUCGGCAGCUGGUUUGCUCUUGUUGUAUUUAAUUAUGUAACACCUCCCUGGCUGCAACCAGUAAGAUGUUCCUGUCUAAAGUUUCUCUGCCCUGAACCAAAACUUGAUCCAGCACCUCUGAAAUGAUGAGUCCAUUUUAAUU